ACCAGAGCCUAAAAGAAUGAGAAAGCAACUGUUGUUUCCUUUUCUUUUCCUGGUAUACUUCUUCCUUUGCACCAAAACUUUUGCUCAAAUAGCCCCAGCUCCGCCAUUGCGCAAGGAUAAUAUCACGUCAAUCCUUGAAAAGGGUGGCCAAUUCACCUCUUUCAUUAGGCUGCUGAAAGCCACCCAGGUAGCUGAUCAAAUAAACAACCAGCUAAGCACCCCCGAUCCAAAUGAUGGGUUAACGAUAUUUGCACCAAGUGACAAUGCAUUCAGUGGCCUCAAGCCUGGAACACUGAACUCCCUCUCUGAUCAAGAAAAACUCCAGCUGGUUCAAUUUCAUAUCCUCCCUACCUUGAUUUCCACGUCACAGUUCCAAACUGUCAGCAACCCUUUGCGUACACAAGCAGGUGAUGUUAAGGGUGGUAAGUUCCCACUAAAUGUGACUGCUUUAGGGAAUCAAGUGAAUAUAACCACUGGUGUGGUCAAUGCAACAGUGGCUAACACUGUAUUCUCUGAUCGCCGGAUCGCGGUUUAUCAAGUGGAUCAGGUGCUCCUUCCGUUGCAAAUUUUUGGACCAACCCCAGCACCAGCUCCUGCACCAGCUAAGCCAGAGAAGGAUGUUCCAGUUUCAACUCCUAAAGCAUCUACUGGUGACACUGAUUCAUCUGGUGCAAUGAGACUGAAAUUCCAUCCCAAUGCAAUGGUUUCUUUCGGAUUUGCAUUUUUGGGGCUAAUUUUUUGGAUACUUUGAGUGUGUGUUAUUCGCGUGGGAUGUGUUAUUGCUUGUAACUGCUGUAUCAUUUGAUCUGAUUAAAUCUUGAUUCUUUGUAUAAUCUCUUUCUCUUUCUGUUUCAAUAUUGAAAACGCUAUGAAUAACAUUGGCCAGAGAAAAGACCAGCAUUUGUUCCAUGAUCUCAUUCUACAUAUUAAUAACCGAUCCUUAACAAAAGAAAGAAAUUUAGUUACAGAAGCACAUUGCCUAUCUAUCCUUCUGCUAUACAAAAGAAUUGGAGGCAUUUCGGUCCUGGAAACAAAACUCGAACUAAAGUAGAAGACGCUGCUUGAAUUUUGCAAAAUUUAUAUGCAAUGAAAGGGCUUUGUUCAAGCACAUUUAAGCAGUUGAUAUAGUUCAAAGCAGCAGCGCAGUAUAAAAGAA